AUGGGUAGGGUAAGAAGGAAAAGAGUGCAUAAGAACAUCAAAGACAUUAAAAAGAAGGCUCGUACAAGGCAUAAAACUAAAGAUAUUGAUCAAAUACAUCAGGACUUGAGGAAUGAAAAUGCGAGAAAAUUACUACAACAGUCUCCUGAUAUGGAUCUGCCAGGAUUAGCACAGUUCUACUGCUUAGAAUGCGCGAGAUAUUUCAUUGACCAGAAGGCGUUAACCGACCAUAAGAAACAAAAAGUGCACAGGAAUAGGUAUCUAAUUUGUUAUCCUUUACGAAGAAUGUAA